AUGUACACAUACAACAAGGACUACUCGUGCUGCGCCGCGCCAUGCGUAGGAAAGUACAGCCAGAGAUCGCUUAUAAACAUCUUCAUCUUCGACUACUCCUCACUUUGUAUCUCAGAAGAAAACCAACUUGAGUCGCCUUCCGAAUAUACUCAGAUUCCCAAAGCAAUAUGGAUUUCCGAAUGGUGUUUGUCCUGUCUGUCGUCAUGUUCGCUAUCGUCACAGUCAAUUGUGAGACGUUUGAAGAACAAGAAACGAAGCCCGCCAUCAACUUUGAUCGAGAGAGAAGAGAAGUCGGUCUCUUUGAUGAGGAGUUUGCCAAGAGAGGGCGUGGCAUGCGAUACAGAAGAUGCAUCAACCCUGAUACAGGUUCAGUCUGCAAAUGUGAUCUAUUCAGACAAGGCCCUCAGUUUAUCCACUGUUUCAAAUAAGAGCUGACUGCUUGAUGCAUUUGUUGCAUUUGCUGUGAUUUGUGAGCAACUUAAGGGUUUAUUCAAGUUUAUCCCGAGUCUGCAAAGUAUUGAUGACCUACAAAAGACGUCACCGAGGCCCCUUAGAACUGCGGUUUUUUGCAUGUUGCAAAAUGGAGAUUUCCAGACGCUAGGUGGCAGGCUGCAUAACCGAUUUUAUCCGUAAUUUACGUAGGUGUUCUGGACAUGCGUGGAUCUGGUUGUGGAUAAUGGAUUUACCUAAAUAUGUCUGCUGCCACCUAGCGUUCGCGAACAUAGAGGGAAGUGCCUAUCGUUUGAACCAUUCCAAACAAUAUAUUAUGACUUAAUAAAAUAGUUAUUUAAUUAUAUUUUCAAUUUCGUUCGAUGUAUCCUACGUAUCCAAUGUGACUUUUAAAUUAGUUGAUGCAUUGUCAUUGAAACGUAUACCUAUGUUUAACUCUGCAAACUUGAUUAUUAUUAUUAUUAUUAAAAAGAUUUAUAUAGCGCAUGAUGGUGUCCUAUACACCACUGUUGACUGUACUUGUUGAAUUCCUAAUUCAAGUCUAUAUCAUUUCAAUGCGUGUCAAUGCCUCUAGUUGAUAGAUAACUAAUUUAAACUGAAAACUCAUUUUAAUCAUCUAUUUUUAUUAAAAAUACCACUAGACAACAACCUGUGAAAAUGUCAACCGAUUCUACAAACUUGGGAAAGUAUCGAUGUUCCUUUGUGGUUAAGCUCGUAUUUUGUGAAUUUAUAAGCAUUUCUUCUCUGCAAACGCCUUUCAGGGCCAACUUCAAAGAGUCGAUGAAGCACCUUGAUCUCACAUGACUAUCAAUGACUGACUGGUAACUUCCUCCAUUUUGUUCCACCCAAAAUCAUUUUCAAAUUCACCCAGUCAGUUUCCCUUGUGGUUUCAAAUUGGUUCCCCAAUUUUGCUCAGUAGAUUUUUUUUUAACUGUCUAUGUUGACUGAGGGGGUUUGCUACACAUGUGUUGUUCUUGUGUUUACAAUAAUAUUAUCUUUUGAUAUUCUACAUAAUAACAUCCCUUAUAAUUACUGUAUUUCAAUUGUGUUUAACAAUAAGUCAAUGCCUUACCAUUUGAAAAUAAAAUUAAAAUUGGCCUUUUAUAAAGCCCCAAA